GCCGAUACGCCUGGCUCAGGAGAAAUCCUGAGACACCUGUAGAAUCAAGAUCAAGAUCAAGCCAUGUGUAUAUCAGAUGUGUAAACAACAAACCCAGCCAGAGUGAAAAGAUUUUUCAACUGUAUAAACUAUAAAGUGUGAUUUACCGAAAUGGAGCAGUGGUAGCAGUAGUUAUGGUGGAGGAGGCAUGGUGUAGGUAAAUGCCGUGAUGCGCUCGCGGCGGCCCGUCACUCUUGAGGAAGGCUCGGAUGACGAAUAAGACACUGGGAUAAUGGCUGCUGAUGAAUAUAUACCUUGUUUGAAGUGUGAUGCUUGGGUGCCACAUUAUGCCAAGGAGAUUCACAUGGCAGAGUGUCAUGAGCUCACUCUAAAACAGUUUACUCAUCCAUAUAUUACUGAUUCUUCAUUAUUUGGUCAAGUUACAUUUAUCGGAGGUACUGAACAGUCCAUAGUAGAAACAAAAGAAAAAGAUGGUGAGACUGUGAAAUCUGCACUGAAGAAUAAGAAAAAUUUAAAGAGCAAGCUCAGUGACAGCAAUCAACAAAACAAGACUGAAAAGAUAGGAAAUGAAAGUCAAGCUGCUGAGCCAGAAUGGCUUAAAAAGAUUCUAGCAGCUCUGCACUAUCGGGCAGUUUUAAUGAAUGAGAAAGAUCUAAUUCGUUGCAACAUUACUGCCUACACACCAGUUGAGGUCAAAGCUGGCAGUUUAUCCUGUGGAUUCCUUGCAAUUCCUGAGAGAGUGCGUAUUGGACACUUGUUGCUCCAUCAAGGUUCAUCACAGUAUUUACCAGAACUGGAAAAUCAUGCAUUGAUAUAUGUUAGGAAGAUUGACAGUGUCAGAUAUGUUGAUGAAUUAAAAUUACUAUAUUGCAAAACAUUUACCAAUGAAGAAAAGUUGUACUUUGAAAAGCAAAUGAAGGCCUUUCUGUAUAGCAGUUUUCCACUUGGUGCUCCAUUCACAGUCAAUGUUGGCUGCAAGAUAUACCUACCUUCAUUGCAGCGUAGUGAUACUGUGUUCACUGUUCAAAGUUUUAAACUCUGUGAGUCAUUUUGUGAAGAAGAAACAAGUUGUGAGUAUGUAGCUGAGGAGCAGGAGUCAAUCACUGAAAAGAGUGACACUUUCCCAUCCCAGCUUAUCACAAUUGAUGAAUGUGAAGGUUCUGUCUCAUCAGUAACUGAAAAGGUUUCAAAACUUCAGAUAUCAUAUCCUGCACCACAUUGUAAUAUUCAAUUAGAAAAAACUGCUAAUGUCACAAAUUUUGAAACUAAUAUAUUUACAUCCACACCAAUUAAAUCAAGUUUUGAAGGGAGCCAACAUAAUCAGAAUGUGACCUUCCCUCCUAAGAUAAGUAGCAAAGAUAUUUCAUCCAUUAGUGGACUUGUGUCAGAAACUGUGUCUUACCUUGAUAAAGUCACACCUUGGGUUAGGAUUGGAACAAGUACCAAGAUUAUAUUACAACCAAUGAGUGUCAAGAAAGUUGAUGUGCAUUUGCAUAAAGCAGUUAGUCAGGAAGGAUACUGCAAGGACCAGGUGUAUUGCAGCUUGAAGAAGAUGAUACAGACUGCUCUUAAGGGAUCUUGUAUAACAGACUCUCCACUCCUGGGCCGGUGGAGUGGAGUGCUGCUUUAUGGACCUCCAGGAACAGGGAAGACUCUGAUGGUACAUGAGGUGGCAGCAGAAUUGUCUGUUCCUGUAUUCACAUUAACAUUGGCCACUGUGUCAAAAUCAACCAGAAGUACAAAGGAUUAUGUCCAGUUUAUAUUUGGAACAGCAUGUCAAAGUGCCCCAUCAGUAUUGUUUAUAGAUGAGGUGGAGAGUCUGUGUCCAGCUACUGAUCUCAAGAUGCAAGCAGAUAAAACAUUUAGUUCAUUCAUUCUUCAAGGAAUCCAAAUGUUACAGCAGACUGCGCCAAAACCAGUGUUCCUGGUGGCUGCCACCUGCCAGCCAUCCCAGGUGUCUUCAAAGCUGCGCAGCCCUGGCAGACUUGAGAGGGAACUGAUGGUGCCACUUCCUGAUGCUCAACAGAGGCAGAGAAUAUUUCACCAGUUGAUAUCAACUCAUCACCAUGAUCUCAAUGAAAAUGACAUUGCUAGCAUAGCCAAGAAAGCUUAUGGUUUCUCUGGAGCUGAUCUGAGCGUCCUUAUAAGAUGUGCUUGGCUUGCUUGUGCAAAAAGGAUUCAGGGAAAGGAAUAUCUCAAGUUAUCAAAAGCAGAUGUGUAUGUUGGAAUGCAAAACAUAAUUCCAACCAUGCUGAGGCACACCUACUCUGCAGUUUCAAUGGUCAAAUGGCAUGAUAUUUGUGGUUAUCAAGGCAUCAAAAUGAAGUUACAGAAAAACAUUGGCCUGUAUUCCUCUGAUCCAGAAAAAUACCCUCUGAAAGGAUUGCUUCUGUAUGGCCCUCCAGGGUGUUCCAAGACAAUGUUUGUUCGGGCCUUAGUUCAUGAAACAAGCUACAGUUUCUUUCCUCUCAAGUGUUCUAACCUGCUAUCAAAAUAUGUUGGAGAAACUGAGAAGUUAUUGAGCCAAGUGUUCAUACGAGCCCAGCAGGCAGCCCCCUCAGUGGUGUUCAUGGAUGAGGUGGACAGUCUUUGUGGGGAGCGUGGAGGUGGUGGAAGCUUAGUGUCAGAACUAUUAUCCCUCAUGUCACAAACAGCUGUACAAAGGAAUAUUAUGGUUAUUGGAGCAACAAACAGACCCCAUGCUGUAGAUGAGGCACUCCUGAGACCUGGCUUCCUCGAACAAGUCAUCCAUGUGGACUUGCCAGAUUUUGAGACACGCUGUGAAAUUUGGAGAGGUGUACUUGAGGGAGUUCCACAGGAAGGGAUAUUAGACAUAGCCAAGCUGAGUGAAGCCACAACUGGCUAUUCAGGCGCAGAGAUCACUGCUCUAUACCAGGAGGCAUCAUUUACAGCUCUUGACAGGUAUAUAAAGCUGUGUGACCAGAAUCCAAAGGCACUACUAUCUCAAAGUCCAAUAUCACUGAAUGAAGAUCUGCUGAUGAUGACUAUUGCUUCCAUUCCUCCCAGAACUCCUAUAUCUCUGCUAGACUCAAUAGCAGCUUUUACUAGUCAAAGAAACGAUUGUCUUAGUAGGUAAAAGGAUCAAAUAUAAUUCUAUUAUAUUUGUA